AAUGGAGCAAUCUCAUAUGGACGAGGCGACAUUUUCGUGUUCAAUCUGCCUGGAUCUGUUGAGUAAUCCAGUGACGACUUCUUGUGGACACAACUACUGUUUCACCUGCAUUAAGACUCACUGGGAUCAAGAGGAUCAGAGAGGAAUCCACAGCUGCCCUCAGUGCAGAAGGACUUUUAAACCAAGACCUGACCUAUGUAAAAACACCAUGCUAGUAGCUUUAGUGGAGCAGCUGAAGAAGACUGGACUCCAAGCUGCUCCUGCUGAUCUCCGCUAUGCUGGACCUGAAGACGUGGCCUGUGAUUUCUGCACUGGAAGAAAACUGAAAGCCAUCAAGUCCUGUUUAGUCUGUCUGGCCUUUUACUGUGAGAAACACCUUCAGUCUCAUUAUGAUUCAGAUACAUUUAAGAAACACAAGCUGGUGGAGCCAUCCAAGAACCUCCAGGAGAACAUCUGCUCUGUGGAUGAACAUAAAGGUCACAACACAAUAUCAGCUGCAGCAGAAUGGACUGAGAGGCAGAGAGAGCUGGAGGAGAGACGAGGAAACAUCCAGCAGAGAAUCCAGGACAGAGAGAAAGAUGUGAAGCUGCUUCAACAGGAGGUGGAGGCCAUCAAUCACUCUGCUGAUAAAACAGUGGAGGACAGUGAGAAGAUCUUCACUGAGCUGAUCCGUCUCCUCCAGAAAAGAAGCUCUGAUGUGAAGCAGCAGAUCAGAUCCCAGCAGGAAACUGAAGUGAGUCGAGUCAAAGAUGUUCAGGAGAAGCUGGAGCAGGAGAUCACUGAGCUGAAGAGGAAAGACGCUGAGCUGGAGCAGCUCUCACACACAGAGGAUCACAACCAGUUUCUCCUCAACUACCCCUCACUGCCAGCACUCAGUGAGUCGACACACUCAUCCAGCAUCAACAUCCGUCCUCUGAGACACUUUGAGGACGUGACAGCAGCUGUGUCAGAGCUCAGAGAGAAACUACAGGACGUCCUGAGAGACUCAUGGACAAACAUCUCACUGAUGGUCACUGGGGUGGAUGUUCUACUGUCAGGACCAGAACCACGGAACAGAGAUGGAUUCUUAAGAUAUUCAUGUGAAAUCACUCUGGAUCCAAACACAGCUAAUAACUACCUGUUACUAUCAGAGGGAAAUAGAAAGGCAACAGUGAUGGAUGAACAUCAGUCUUAUUUUAGUCACGUAAACAGAUUCAGUGAAUAUUCUCAGGUUCUGAGUAAAGAGAGUCUGACUGGACGUUGUUACUGGGAGGUGGAGGGAAGAGGGAAAGUUUAUGUAGCAGUUGCAUACAAGAACAUCAGCAGAGAAGGACAUGACAGUAUAUUUGGAUGUAAUGACAAAUCUUGGGCAUUAGAGUUUUACCAAAACAAGUAUAUAUUCUGGUAUAAUAACAUCUCAACCUCCGUCUCAGGUCCAGUUUCCUCCAGAGUGGGAGUGUUCCUGGAUCACAGAGCAGGUAUUCUGUCCUUCUACAACGUCUCUGAAUCCAUGACUCUGAUCCACAGAGUCCAGACCAGAUUCACUCAGCCGCUACACGCUGGGGUUUGCAUUAGCUCUAAAACUGGAGACUCUGCAGAGUUCUGCAAACUUAAAUAAACAAAAUUCAGUUAAAGUUCAAUUAGUUAUUUUUUUUUCUUGCAAGCUUUUAUUUAAAACCAUUAAUUUAUGUCUAAACCUAAAAGAAAAAUCUUUCACUACUUUCUUUUCACCACAGCUUUUUCUGACUUGUUGCUUUUAAUAGCAAGACUUUUAAAUAAAAUGUAAAACUAUUCCUGAGGUUGUUAAAGUGAAACCAAUUCUUUUUUUUUUUUUUGACGUGUUCUUGUUUGUUUACUGAGACGCUUAAGACAACAGAUAUCGUCUCUUUGUGAACUUGAGCUGAUUUAAUGUCUCGUUGAUUCACUUUCAGUUCUGUUGUGAACGAUUCUAAAGUUUGAAUCCAAAUCUAUUUUAAUGUUAUUUCUCAUUAUAAUGUGUCUUUUUAACUACCUGUUCUGAGCUGUCUUCAUGAUUCUCUAGUGGCUACACUGCCACCUACUGGAAGAUUGUGUUGUUUCAUCACAUGUUCUUCACUUUCUGAAUGAAUUGAAUCAAAUUAUUCAUAUGUAAUUUUUUUAAUAG